UUUCACCACAGCUGGAGCUGGAAAAACUACUACCAGUCCGUAUGUGUGUGUGUGUGUGUAUGUGUGAAAACAGAGAAAAGGGAGAGAAAUCUUGAUAUAUGUUGGUCUGGAUGUCUGGAACAGGAUAAGUUGAUGAUAAGGAUCAUGAUGGUGAUGAAGAAGCAGCUGCUGUGGACAGACUGGAGUUGCGGCUGGAUGUUGUCUUGUCUUACUGGCUUUGGAUACCGUGAGAUUACUGCUUUCUCUGGAGGGAUUUACAUUUAUGCCUGUGUAUGUGUUCGAGCCUGGAAUGUGUUAAGAUGAAGAGUAUCAAACAUGUUAUAGAUGAGAUCAUGCAGCAGGAUAUCAGGCCCCUGCUGGCUGUAGACAUCAUAGAGCAGCUUCAUCUCCAGUUUGCCUUGCUCUCAGGAGGGCGAGGGAAAGAUGGCGCCCCCAUUAUCACCUUCCCAGAGUACUCAGGCUUCAGCGAAGUGCCAGAGGAAGACUUCCUCAAUGUUGUUACUUACCUGACCAGCAUCCCCAGCCUGGAUGCUGCCAGUAUCGGCUUUGUUAUCAUCAUCGACCGGCGAAAGGACAAAUGGAGCUCCGUAAAGGCCUCUCUAUCCAGGAUCGCUGGGGCGUUUCCAGGAAACCUGCAGCUGGUGUUGGUGCUGAGGCCGUCCAGGUUCUUCCAGAGGGCUAUGGCAGACAUCGGGCUCAAGCUGCACAAAGAUGACUUUAAAAUGAAGGUACCGGUUGUGAUGCUGAACUCUCUGUCAGACCUGCAUGGCUAUGUGGAUAAAGGCCACCUGACCCGGGAGCUUGGAGGAAGCCUAGAGUACUGUCACAGUCAGUGGAUACACCACCGAACUGCCAUAGAGAACUUUGCCAUGACAGUGAAAACCACAGCCCAGAUGUUACAGAAGUUUGGGACAGACCUGGCAGAGACGGAGCUGCCCAAUGACGUACAGUGCACCAAAGAUCUGCUCACAGCACACACCGACAAACACGACAACCUCAAGGAUGAACUGAAGCUAGCUUUAAAGCAGGGCACCACCCUGUUAGGUUGUAUCAAGGAGCAGACACCCAAGUCAGAGAAUCACAAACUCAACCCUGACGAGAUGGAGAAUCAAAUCACUGUGGAAAGGCUCUUAGCCCAGCUGGAUGAGACAGAGAACGCCUUUGAACAGUUCUGGUGUAAACAUCAUCUGAAACUGGAGCAGUGCUUGCAGCUACGCCACUUUGAACAGGACUUCAGAGAGGUCAAAGUGUCUCUAGACAGUUUGAUGGACAGUCUAGCUAGCCUGCCAGAUACCGGGGAUUGUGUGGCCAGAGUUGAACACCUGCUAAAGGAACUGAAAACACUUGAGGAGAAGGCUCAGCCCGCGCUAGAGAAGGCCCAGCUCCACGCACUGCAUGGUGACCAGCUGAUCCAGAGCAAUCACUACGCUGUGGACUCGAUUCGACCCAAAUGUGUGGAGCUCCGGCGAGUCUGCGAUGACUUCAGCAACGAGACCAAGAAAAAGACAAAUGUCUUGUCCAAAUCCCUGAAUAUACACAGGGGCAUUGAUAAGGUGAACGAGUGGUGUGAGUCCGGCAUCUACCUGCUGGCCUCUCAGGCUGUGGAUAAGUGUCAGUCACAGGAGGGGGCAGAGUCAGCACGGACCGAAAUUGAAGGCUUUCUGGAGUUGGCAGAGAAGAACCAACUGACUGAACUAAGGAACCUCCACAACCAGUGUGAGGUUGUCUUGUCAGAGGAUAUAAAGGCCAGUGUCCUGAAGGCACUAAAGCGCCUGGAGGAUGUCCAGGAGAUGUUUGAGAAGCGACACGUCAGUCUGAAGAGACUGUCGGCUAAACAGACAAGGCCCGUCCAGCCCGUUGCACCGCGGCCUGAGUCCUCUCCAAAACGGCCCUCACUGAAGAACCCCCCCAGGACUACAGGGAGCCACCAGCCUCUGGCUCGCAGAACUUCUGAUAACUCUAACAGUGGCAGCAAGCCAGCCGAAGCUGACCCCAACAAGAAGAAGAACGUACGCAAGGCCAAAGGAGGCAUCAAGAUUGAGGUGAUGCAUGAGGAAAGCCAAGGAGGCUCCACCCAUGUCGUUGUGACCAAUGAGACAGAGGAGAGUCUGUCCAACAGACGCAGACACAUCAUGACUGAGCUGAUUGAAACAGAGAGGCUAUAUGUGGAGGAACUGCAAAGCAUCAUGGAGGGUUAUUUUGCAGAGCUGGAUAACUCAGAACUCAGCCACCUCAUCCCCCCGUCUCUGGAGAACAAAAGGAAUGUGCUAUUUGGCAAUCUGCCAGAGAUAUAUGAAUUUCACAACAGGACAUUUCUAAGGGAGCUGGAAAACUUUGCAGAGAAACCAGAGAUGGUGGGAACCUGUUUUCUGAAAAGGAAAGAAGAGCUUCAGGUGUAUGAGAAGUACUGUCAGAAUAAACCCCGCUCUGAAGUCCUCUGGAGACAAUGUGGAGACAGCUUCUUCUUUCAGGAGUGCCAGAAGAAGCUGGAUCACAAACUGUCUCUGGAUGCCUACCUGCUGAAGCCUGUCCAGAGGAUCACCAAAUACCAACUCAUGCUCAAGGAGAUGUUAAAAUGCAGUAAGGGCGAGGGGACAGCCGAGUUGGAAGAGGCGUUAGCAACCAUGCUGAACAUCAUCAAGUCUGUCAACGACUCCAUGCACCAGAUAGCCAUCACUGGCUUUGAGGGAAACCUGAGUGAACUUGGGAAGCUGCUGAUGCAGGGAUCGUUUAAUGUGUGGACCGACCACAAGAAAGGCCACAGCAAGGUGAAGGACCUGGCCAGGUUUAAGCCCAUGCAGAGGCACCUGUUCCUAUACGACAAGAUGCUGCUGUUUUGUAAGAAACGAGAGGAGACUACGGAUGGACACGAGAAGACCCCAUCCUACAGCUUCAAACACUCGCUCAAGAUGAGUGCUGUGGGGAUCACAGAGAACGUCAAAGGUGACAACAAGAAGUUUGAGGUGUGGUACAACGGCAGAGAGGAGGUUUACAUCAUCCAGGCUCCUUCCAUGGAUGUGAAAAAUAUGUGGGUGUCAGAGAUUCGUAAAGUUCUUACAGGCCAGCUACAGGCUUGCAGAGAAGCCAGCCAGCUCAACAUCUAUGGGGCCCCCAUGAGGACUGUGCGUAAGAUGAUGCUGAGACAGUCUGAUUCAUCAAGUCCAGAGUCAGGCUUCAGGAGGACCAACCCUAGCCCUAACAUGAGGCAGAAGAGAGGCUGGGUCCAGCGGCGUCUCCCUUCUAUGGACGCAGACGACUUUGAGACGAUCCCCUCCAGUGCAGAGGAGUCCUCCAACUCUUCAGAAGAGGAAGGCAACAAUAAAAAUGGUGACAGUGGUCGUUACCGGGUGCAGCUGACCUAUGAGUCUCGUGAAGCGAGCGACCUCUCUCUGGAGAAAAGUGACCUGGUCCAGUUUCUAGAGGAAGCGGAAAACAGACACUGAUAUCUUCAGUGAUCUGCAUACAGCAGCACUCUCCAACUUGAACGAAAAUGAAGCAAGGACGUGUUUCAGGACAGCAUAUAAACAUGGCUGACUACUGACAAACAUUUUUUGUUGGAUCACAAACAUGGCUUAUAACUCAACUGUAAUUUGCUAUGAUGGGCUUUAAAUAUGAACAACUAUUCAUUUUCUACUUGUAGUUCUUAAUGUUGGACUACAAAUAUGGCCUGCUAUUGUUUUUCAACUGUAGUUUUUUCUCAUUGAAGCUUCUCAGUGAAACCUCUGUAAAAUGCUGGAACCUUUACAUGCCUGAGUGCCACAGUGGGAAAGCCAUAUAAGAAUUCUAAUUCAAGGAAGUACCAGCUGCCAACUGUGGACUGAAGACUGCAUGGAUGUGGACACUGAACUUUAUAUCAAAGUUGAAUUAAUUCAGAUUACGCACUGUAGAAUAUGCAAUUCCUGAGUGGUUGGGCUGGAUACCUGGAAACUCAAAUCCCAUUUCUGACUCGGAUAAACUCUUUCAGACCAGCCUCUGAUGAGGCGCUUCAGCAGCUUCGCCUUUUCAGGCUCAAAAUACUGACACUUUCCAGUAGCUGCAGUCUCCAGAAGAACCUAGAAGUUGUUUUGCUUGCCUUUUUUUGCCCUGGUAGAGUACCCACAUAAUGGCAUUACAUAUAUGUAUUAUCUCAACUUGCUCGUUCUCCACUUUUAGACUUGCAUCUGUAUAAAUUGCUCCAAGAGGUUAAGAGAGAUCAUAUUUGACUUUAUAUUCCAGUUGUUCAUCUCUGUGAAGGAGAAAAAAUAUUUAUUUUAUAUAUGGUUUAAUCCAUCAGAGGGAAAAUACUUGUUUCAUAUCCUCACGUGUUCUACAUAUAAAGCACUUUUUUGGACAGACACCUUUUAUAUGUAUAUCAUUGUUUAGAGAUCAUCUCAUGGUUCUUUUUGGCAUAGGUAGUGCCAAGAAAUCAUGCUUGGGGAGGUCAACAUUUAGUGGUCAAACAGAACAGCUUUUAGUGGGGGAGUCCAAGACGUAGUUCUCGGGACUGAAUUUGUUAUUAUGUAUUAUGUUUGCUACAUCCAUUUACAUAUGAAUCUAAAGCAAACAACAAUGAUAAAGGAAUGUAACACUG